GAUUUCAUCAAACGACUUUUCUCGACAGUCAAGCUUUCAGAGUUUACAAGGGUCCAAAGGUCUUUUGCUGUGCUCGCUGUUCCUCUAACUGGACAAUAGCUUUGUGGUUCCUGUUCAUAGAGAUUAACACUAACAACUAACUGCAAGCGAGGGUAAGCGCACUUGUAGUUUUCUUAAUGGUACAAGAAAUAGCUGCUUUGUUCCGUAUCCAGGGAAGAUUAUGGGCCAGCCUCAGCAAUUUCUCCAUCUGUUGUGCUCGGUCUGCCUUGUGGCGAUUUUUGCAAAGAAUAAUCAUGCUGUGGAAAAUGCAAACGUCCGUAACUUAACUGCCACGCUUUUGGAUGUGAUCCCUUGUGGCAGCAGCAACUCAUCUGUUACUAGCCUUGUGGUUGAGAGGAAUCAGAUUACUUUGUCAAAUGAAGAUAGACAAGCCCUGGCCAGUUAUCCUCAACUUUUGGAGCUCCACCUGGAUCUUAACCAGGUGACCAACAUAUCUGCUAGGUACUUGUCUGUUUUACCCAACCUCAGCGUGCUGUCGCUAUCCAAGAACCAAAUCAGCAGCCUCGUACCAGAGUCUUUCUAUGGCCUUGAAGCACUCAGAAUGCUAAACCUGUCCCACAACCUGCUGACAAGUCUGCCUGCAAAGCUAUUCAGCGAGCUUAAUAAUCUACAGGUGGUAGACCUUCAGGGCAACCCAUGGAAUUGCUCGUGCCACUUGCUGAGCAGCAUUGAAGAAAUACGAGCAGCGGGAGUCACCAUUGGGCAAAACACGAAAUGUGCGUCACCACGGCAACAGGCCGGGAUGAAUGUUUUGGAGGCUGAGUGCCAUCCAACAGCAGCAUCUUCCUCAAAUUCAACAUCAGGCACCAUGGAGCCAUCCAAGAAGCCAGACGUUUUGCUGACCAUCGACCCAGACGACAGCAACCAAAUGCCUGCGUCGGGGAACACUUGGAAAUUUGUGGCGUGUGUGGUGGCCUUGGCGCUGACAACAUCCAUGUUGGUGGUGUGUGCCAUCAAAGGCCCCUCCUGGUACCGGCUCUUCCACAAUUACAGACAUAGACGACUGCAGCAAGAAGAGAACCAAGAGGACCGCCCAGCUUCAAGCAUCUACUCAGAGACGGGGAGAUGCAUGACCCACCAGACCAUCGCCUUCGAGAACAAUAGGGCUGAGGGCGAGGAGGAUGUGCACUACUUUGAGGAUCCUUACAUCAAGGCAGGGGAGUAACUGAAAUGAAGGCCACAACGGGCCACUUGGAAAUGUUAUAGCAUCACGUAAGAGCAAUAAAAUAGGAUUAUUACUUUUGUUACAUUUCUUAUUUUUAACGUCUUUUUUUUUUUAAUGGAAUUAAAAUGAUUCACUGGUAUUUUA